AUGCCCCUCAGAAUCGUUCCGCCUUCGCCUUUUAGUUCCCGCUUCACGGCUUCGGUCAGCGCUCAUCUGCGCGGUAAAGUCAGCACUCUCACCGCCCCGCGCUUCGCGGUCCCCUUCACCUCUUCCGCCUCCCUCUUCCCCGCAAUGGCUGCGCGCAAGCCCCGCCAAGCCACGCUCGCUGCGUUCUUUUCCGCGCCCAAGCGAAUGCGCGCGAACGGGACGUCCCCGCCACGGGGAAACAACCCCGCUCCCUCCCCUUCCUCGGACGCGAAUCCUGCGCGUGUCGUGGAGGAGAACGAGCGCGCCGCGCCAAGAAACUGCGCCGACACGAGUCAGAUACGACUUAACAGCGGCAGCGACAACCUUCCCCGGAUAAACCCGGCCCAGUCUUCCCCGCCUAGGUCUCCGCGCGCCAAAUCUCCGCCUGGCUUCGCCGCCAGGAGUGUUACUCCCACGCAGUCUCCGUCCCUGGGAGCCAGCGCAAGCGCAAGCCGGGGAAACUGCAGCGGCGUCCCGCUCACUCCGCCGACGCCGCCUGCGGAUGCGGCGGCUGGCGCGCAAGCGGGGAAGUUUCCCCCGCUAAAAUCGCUGCUGCGCGAGCCGUCAUGGGCGGCAGCGCUUGGACGGGAGUUCGACGAGCCGUACAUGCGGCGGCUCCAGGCGUUUCUGGACGAGGAAGUUUCGCGGAAGGAGCGCGUGUUUCCUCCUGCUGCUUCGGUGUUCGAGGCGCUGAAUCGGUGCCCUAUGGAGAAAGCGAGGGUUGUGAUUAUAGGACAGGACCCAUACCACGGCCCAGGGCAGGCUGUGGGGCUGAGUUUCUCGGUGCCACGUGGCACGCCGCUGCCGUCGUCGCUGCAGAAUGUGUUCAAGGAGAUGCGCAGCGACGGCAGCAUUGCUGCCAUGCCGGCGCACGGCUGCCUGCGCCACUGGGCCGACCAGGGAGUGCUUCUCCUCAACACAGUGUUGACCGUGAGAGCCCACGAAGCCAAUUCACACGCCAAGAAGGGGUGGGAGCAAUUUACAGAUGCCACGAUUUGUGCACUUGCCUCGCAGCGACCCAAAACCACUUCUUCGGCCUCCUCUCCCUCUCCCCCUCUCAUCUUCCUCCUCUGGGGUAAUCAUGCCAAGACCAAGGCAAAGGUGAUUCCUCCUGGCUCAAACGUGGUCUUGCUAUCUUCAGCACAUCCAUCGGGCCUGAGUGCGCACAGGGGAUUCUUUGGUUCAGCGUAA